CGUGGUUAUUGGUUUUUUGUUGCAACUUGUCGAGACCAAUGUACGGGACUACCACCAACGAAUGUCAGCCACUGCGUGCCGCACGCCAAGUUGAAUCGACCAAACCGUGGCUCCCCAAGGUAAUGUUCUUGUCCAUCAUGGCAUUGCUGGUCACCAUGAUGGGGUUGACUCAAACGACGGAGCGUACUCACGCGUCAUUGGCCUCGGUAACGCCUUCUCCGUUCUGCGACUCAACGGCGCAAUCGUCGGGGUACAUCAAGUUGCCCAACAAGGAGGACGGCCACUACUUCUACUGGUUCUUUGAAUCCCGCAGUAGCCCCGAUACGGAUCCGCUGGUGCUGUGGCUCACAGGCGGACCUGGCGGCUCGAGUCUCUUGGCCUUGUUGACUGAAAAUGGACCCUGCACCAUCGCCGACGACGACAUCACAACUGUCACCAAUCCAUACUCGUGGACGACCAACGCCAACGUGAUCUGGGUCGACCAACCCAUUGGCACGGGGUUUUCCUACGGCACCCCCCAAGACGCAGACCACAACUCAACCCAAGUGGGCGAAAACAUGUACUUUUUCCUCCAAAGUUGGCUCAAGAAGCACCCCAAGUUUGCACGCCACCGCUUCUUCAUUACAGGCGAAAGCUACGCCGGCCAUUACAUCCCCGCGGUCGCUACCGCCCUCCUCAAGACCCCGCCAGCGACCGACGACAUCCCCAUUCAAUUGGAAGGCGUGGCCAUCGGCAACGGCUUGACCAGCUCCCUCAUCCAGAUGCGACACCAAGCCGAUUUGAUCCAAGACAAUGCGUACGGAAAGAUCCUGUUGAACGAUACCGAAUUUGUCGAGUACAAGCACAACGUGUCGACGAUAGUCAAGCUGAUUGAAGAGUGCUACGCCGCCACGUCGAACGACUCUGCGUGCAUCCAAGCGACGCUGCUGUGGCUUCCCACGAUCAUCCAGCCGCUGCUCACCAUUUCCAAAGUGAACCAGUACGACCUGCGUGUAUCCACGAACGGCGCGCUCGACACUCCGUCGACUGACAACGAUCUGUUAUCGAAAGAGGCGCUAAAGAACAUUGGCAACCCCCACGCCCGCACCUUCCUCAACAACCGCCACGUUCAACUCAAACUCAACAUUCCAAACUACUUGCCCUGGACCGAGCUCGUCGAAGACGUGUUUGGUCGUUUUGCCGCCGACUUUUUUCAAAACCGCGAGGCUGACGUGGCGUAUUUGUUGGAGCACGACAUCCGCGUGUUGAUUUACGCAGGGGACGCCGACUUGGUGUGUAACUGGAAGGGAAAUCGGGCGUGGACGAACGCGCUGAAGUGGAGCGGCCGCCACGCGUUCACUGCCGCCACGGAGCACCCGUUUGUGGUCCGCGGGGUCGUUAAGGGGUCGCUACAGUCCGCUCGCAACUUUGCGUUCCUGCGCGUGUUUGAUGCGGGUCACAUGGUGCCUGAAAACCAACCCGAAGCGUCGCUGGCAAUGCUGAACCGGUUCUUGGCCAACUUGCCAUUGGACCGGGACUAGCAAGGUCGGUCGGCGUUUGCAGUUUUUGGCUGUUGUAUAAACUUGUCGGAUCAUGAUGUCUUGGAUAAUGUAUUCAGAGAGUUAUCGCGUGCAAA